UGUAAGCGAAGAAGAAGAAACACUCAACGUGACAGCAGGAGCGCGUGAGAAAGGCACCUCCGUGGACAGUUUUGCAACGAAACUUCGAUGAUCACCAUUUAAAGCACACCCGGUUUUUUAAAGAAAAAGGCGGCCAAAAUGCUGGUCUUAUUUGAGACCGCUGCAGGAUAUGCAAUUUUUAAAGUUCUUGAUGAAUCCAAACUGCAACAAGUCGACAGUCUAUACAAGGAGUUUGAAACUCCUGAAAAGGCUAAUAAAAUUCUGAAAUUGAAGCACUUUGAGAAGUUCCAAGACACGACAGAGGCCUUAGCAGCUGCCACUGCCCUUGUUGAGGGUAAGAUUGGCAAGAGCCUGAAGAAGGUGCUGAAGAAGGUGGUCGCCAAGGAGGCUCACGAGGAGCUGGCCAUCAGUGACGCAAAACUCGGCGGUGUCAUCAAAGAUAAACUGGACCUGAGCUGCGUCCACAGCCCCGCUGUAGCCGAGCUGAUGAGGUGCAUCAGAAGUCAGAUGGAGGCCCUCAUCUCGGGACUGCCACAGAGAGAAAUAAGCGCCAUGUCCCUCGGUUUGGCUCACAGUUUGUCCCGCUACAAGCUGAAGUUCAGCCCAGACAAAGUGGACACCAUGAUCGUGCAGGCCAUAUCUCUGUUGGACGACCUGGACAAGGAGCUGAACAAUUACAUCAUGCGCUGCAGAGAGUGGUACGGCUGGCACUUCCCGGAGCUCGGGAAGGUCAUCAACGACAAUUUGGCCUACUGCAAGACUGUCUGCAGGAUCGGCGACCGCACCAAUGUGGCUAGCAGUGACCUCUCGGACCUUCUCCCCGAGGAUGUCGAGGCGGAGGUUAAGCUCGCGGCCGAGAUCUCCAUGGGAACUGAAGUGUCAGAGCAGGACAUCGGCAACAUCCGCCACCUCUGCACCCAGGUGAUUGAGAUCACAGAGUACCGCGCUCAGCUAUACGACUACCUGAAGAAUCGGAUGAUGGCGAUCGCCCCCAACCUGACAGUAAUGGUGGGCGAGUUGGUCGGCGCUCGUCUCAUCUCGCAUGCCGGUUCACUUUUGAAUCUUGCAAAGCACCCGGCCUCCACGGUUCAGAUUUUGGGGGCAGAGAAGGCACUCUUUAGAGCCCUGAAGACCCGCAAGGACACGCCAAAAUACGGUCUCAUCUACCACGCCUCUUUGGUGGGCCAGACGACUGCCAAGAACAAGGGCAAGAUAUCCAGAAUGUUGGCAGCCAAAACAUCCCUUGCUAUCCGCUACGAUGCCUUGGGGGAGGACACAAAUGCGGAAAUGGGAGCGGAGAACCGAGCCAAACUGGAGGCGAGAUUACGACAGUUGGAGGAGAGAGGAAUCCGACGAAUCAGCGGAACAGGAAAAGCGAUGGCAAAGGCAGACAAAUAUCAGCACAAAAGUGAAGUGAAAGUGUAUGACCCAUCUGGGGACUCUACAAUCCCUUCCACAUCAAAAAAGAGGAAAUUUGAAGAGAUCAAAGAGGAGGAGGAAGAAGUGUUUUCAACACCUGUAAUGAAGGCCAAAAAGCCCAAAAAGUCACCUGAAACUGCAGCGGUAGAAGAGGAAACAGAGGAGCCGCCCAAGAAGAAGAAGAAAAAGAAGCCGAAGAAGGAUGAGGCUGAGGAGCCAAAGGAGGAAGAGGAGACUGUUGAGAUCACGGAGCCAACAGAGAAAAAGAAAAAGAAGAAAAAGAAAGUCAAGGAGGAAGAAGACUGAAAAGGACACACUGUACAUAUUUUAUUUUUUUUUCUUUCACAUGCUUACAUUAUCUUAACUAAAGAGGGCAAAGCUGUAUUUAGUGCCUGAUUAGAAUAAUAAUCUCAUUUUUGAUCUGCAAAUCAAUAGCUUGAUGUCAGCAGAGGACUGAAAAAAGUGAAGUUUUACAGUAAAUGACCCUGAUUUAAUUUUAUUUGAACAUCCUUAUGAGACAUUUAUUUUAGCGCAGACUUUAAGAUGACAAAUCUGAAGACUGAAAAGAUGUGGAAUAAAUGACUUUUGCAGAAACUGUGUUGUCUUUUGACGUCAUGAUGGCCCAAUGGCGAAUUGUACGAGGGUCAUUCAAAAAGUUCUACGCCUCACCCACCUAAAAAGACCAAAAAGACCAUUUAUAUUGUGGUAACACACUGACACUUCUUAUAAAACAAGAAAAGCUAA